UGUUGGUAAACUCACUUCAUACGCUGUGAUAAACAGGUUCCCGACGAUAACGUAACUAUGUCACAUUGUUCCCCUUAAAUUGAGACAGGCAGGUAGGCUGAGGUCAAGAUGGGGAACACACUGGGUAAAAGUGCGGCUAUCGACUUCGGAAUUCAAUGGUCUUGCUGGAUUGUCGCCUCCCUGUUGAAGACGGAAAAGUUUUAUGAUCUUGCAGGUUCUGGCACUGCUGUAUUACUUACUGCUCUUUCAUUGCAUUGGAAUCAAGAAAAGAUUUUGCGUCAGAAAAUUCAGAGUGGAAUGGUGAUAGCAUGGGGUCUCAGAUUAGGCCUAUUCUUAUUUACCAGAGUUCUUAAAGCUGGUAAGGAUCGCAGAUUUAACAAUGUACGAGACCAUCCUCUUCGGUUCUUUGUCUACUGGACAAUACAAGGUAUAUGGCUGAUGGCCAUCCUUCUACCUACACUGAUUCUAAACAGCAAGACAGGGGACCAGCCCUUGACCAUCAAAGAGUACACUGGCUGGUCACUUUGGGGCAUUGGUUUCCUCUUAGAGGCUUUGGCUGACCACCAAAAGACCAGAUUCCAUAACAACCCAGAAAAUCAGGGCAAGUUUAUCACCUCAGGGCUGUGGUCCAUCGUCCGCCACCCCAACUACUUGGGUGAGAUACUUCUGUGGUCAGGGCUAUAUGUGUCAGCAUCAAGUUAUCUCAGUGGCUGGGAACGGGCCAGUGUCAUCUCUCCCGUGCUGACCGCUCUCCUACUGACCAAGGUCAGCGGGAUUCCUCUGCUGGAAAAAUCUGGUAUGCGUCGUUGGGGAGAGGAUCCGCAGUAUCUUAAAUACUUGAAGGAAACACCAAAAUUAAUUCCUUUUCUGUGGUAAUUAAAAGAUUGCAGGGGCUACCUAAAAUAAUGCAAAACACUAAAAAAAUGCCAUGAUUUAUUCCUUGAUUGGAGGCUGUGUUUGUCAAGGUUUAAGUAAAAAUCGAAGUUGGCAUCCAAUGAUUGAAGAGUUAUCUAUUCAACACAUUUUCCCCACAUUUUCUUUUUUCUAAAUGAAUAAUGAAGAACUAAAUGUAUGCUGGUUUUGUUUGAUAUACCUUGGUAUGUAUGAUAUUUGAUUGUUGUUAUAUCUUUGCAAAAUAAAUGAAGUAUUGAAAAGUUG